UAGGUGGAUAGGACGCAAAUAGGUGUAGGUAGGUACACGAGUCGGUAUAUAAGACAUCCCCGGCGCGUUCGGAGUAAAUCAUUCGCUCUAGUGCCGUCGAGCGAGUAAAACCUUUUGCAACAUAAUUUAUACAUAUAAAUUUGUAAUACAACUGCAACGGUCUUUUGUCUUAUCGAAACGCUAUACCAUUAUAACGGUCGUCUCCCCGUUCGUAAAACUUAACAUAACCGUCCGUUUUUAUUCCCCUCCCCCUCGCGCUUUUUCGUUGUCCGUCUUGUACGCACGACAUUAUCAAUUGCGCUCUCGUAAACGCGUUCAACGUCCAAACAUAAUAACCACGCCGUCACGAUGAGCCAACAAAAAGUAAGCAAAAAUUAUCGUAAUAUUUCCACUCUAAAUCGUAGGGGGAAUAUCUAUUUUCGUAGGGAAAUUGUCCACUAAUAAUCAUUUUUCUCCGCGUGAACGUUAACGAGAAAAAAAACUUAAAGUUUUAACGGCGUUCGCGCCACAACGCUACCUACCUAUAUCAUGAUAAUAUAUUAUCAAUGGCGCGCAUUAAAUAAUAUUUAAAAGUUUAAUUUUUUAACUCAAUUGUGUAAUUAUUUUUAUCGUUAACUAUAUGAAUUUAACUAGUUUGUGUAUUCUGUUACAUUUUAUAUUUAUUUUCAUUUUCAAAAUUCAAUUUAAAUUGACCGCGUUCUCAUAGUUUUCUUUAUGGAUUUCAAUAUACUAUUUAAUUCGAAUGAGACUAUUUUUUUAGAAAAAAAUUUAAAAACCUGCGUAAAUAUAUAUUAUUUUUUAUGGAAUACACUUUAAAUGGUGAUUUCUCGUAGCAAACAAAACAAAUUCAACCGACUUAAUUAAAGUUAACAUUUUUUCGCAUUUUAAUUUUUAACUUAAUGUCGAUUUUUAUUUUAUUUGUUUUUUUUUUUUAAUUUAACAAAAUAAAGUUAAUUAUUUGUAUUACCUACCUUGUCUAAUAUAUACCAUUGAUUAUUAUUGUAUGCGUAUAGUAUGUAUAUAAUUAUAAUAUUAUACGAUUAAAAUUUCUCGUGUAGUAACGUAUAAUAAUUUGGUUAUUUUUUAUCUAAAAUAAUUGUCUGUUUUGCGUAGAAAAAAAUAUCGUUAACAUUUUGCACAGUUCUAAUAUUAUUUAAAAUCACUAGUAUCGAAAUAAUUAUUUGAAAAUUAAAUAAAUUCGUAAGAUUAUCUAUUACACUGCGCGGAAACUAGAUUCGAUACUUCAGUAACAUCAUAUUGUAUACUGUAUACUAAGUAUAAUACUUAAUCAAUUAAGUAUAUUAUAAUAUUAGCCAUUGCGGGUAUAUGUAUUAUGUAUAGUUUAUAUAAUGUAAUACUGUAAUACGUAAAAAAAAGUUAUCCAUCAAAUAAAAAAAUGACGUACAAAACUCAAAACAUAUAAUGUCUAUAAACAACUCAAAAAUCAUUAAAAUAUUUUGAAAAUUUUAUCAUCUCUAGAAAAGGCAAAUAUAAGCUUUCUGAUAAAAUUUCUAAUUACUACGAAUAUGUCUAACUGAGUUAUAAUCAAAAAACAAAAUUGAAAAUAACAAAUCCAUUAUUUAAGUAAACUUUCUAGUUCUUUUUAUAUUUGGUUCGGUUUUACUCAACUACGAGUAUUUAAAAAAUUGCAAAGAAAAUCAAAAAAUUAUUUUUGUACUCGCAAACUAGAUUAAAAAUUCAAAAAAAAAAAUUGCUUGUUAUUUUUUGAUUGGAGCAAUAUUUCUGGUAGAAAACAUAAAGCGUACAAAUUUAAAAUAAUAAAAUCCUACGCAAUAUAUCUAUACUCAAUGAUAAACCAUUGCUAAUGAAAAACCAUUCAGAGAGAAUUUCAGCUAUACAUGAUUUGAAAUGCUAUGUAUUACCAUGUAACUUCAUGAUUUAAUCUUAAAACACGUAUAAAAACUACUUUUUUUUAUUAACACUAUAGUUAGAAUUUCAUACUAGCCUGAUGUUUAGUUUUUAAGCAGUUCUAUUUAGUUAAACAAUUUUAUCCGCAUAAUUCUUACCAAAGAAAAAAUAAAACAAUUAGAAAAUUUUAUAUACCAAAUAGUUGCUCAAAACAACUCAACAGAAUAUUUUGAAAAUUAUUCCACAUCUAGAAAAGGCUAAUUAAAGUAUUCUAUGAAAAUGUCAGAUUUCUACAAUUAUUUUUUACCCAGUCACAGCAAAAAAACAAAAAAAAUAAAACCAUUACGUAAACUUUUCCGUUUUUCGUGUUUCUUCCCGGUUUCCCUCAAUUAAAAAAAAAACUACAAGAAAAAUAAAAAGACAACAUCUUUUUUGAUACUUUUCAAAUUUUGAAUUAAAUUUUAAUCGUGAAAAUCUCGGCAUUUCAAAAACAUAUGUUUACCUGAACUUCGCUGAGAAUCAUAGUAAUAAUUAUUAGCAAAUAAUUUAUCGUAACGUAUAAAUACAAAUUAAUUAACUUUAUGUAUCCUAUCUUCCUAACUUUCCACCUACAACAGUGACACAACCGACCAGUAUCAAAUCUUUGUUUUACUAUUCUUAAAUAAUUUAACUUAAAAUUUGACUGUAAUCCCCAUAAUAUUUCUCAUUAAUACGUAGCCCACCCGGUUUUCGGCGGUGAUAGAUUUAUCCCGAUCUAUCGAAAAAUGGGUUUUUCAUCAAACACAAUAUAGACAUAAUAUUAUUUUUUAGAUUAUGUAUUAUUUCGUAUUUAAAAAUUUUAAUUAUUUUAACGAAAUCAUUAAUUAUAGUUAUAAAACGUAUAAAAACGUUCUGUAGAUCCGAUAAAAUUAAUAUUAUUUCUAUAAAUAGAUCAGCUUGCCUUAUAGUAAUUAAUUUAAAUAGCGAACUACAUAUUUAAAUGUUCUUUUUUUUUUUUGUAAUAGAUUGUUGAGAGUUUACUUCAGAUUUGUUCUAAAUAAAAAUAAUAACAUUGUCAUAAAUCAUAAUCACUAGAAAAUUAAAAUUAAAUUUGUCUAAAACUGAUAACAAAUUAAUUCUUAUGAUUUUUCCAACGUAAUACAAUUUUAGGUUAAUAAAUGCUUCACUAAUCUAUGUUUUUUCAUUACUAAUUUGUAAUUUUGAUAAAAAAAAUCAACUCGUAUGGUUUAAAAUAAAUUAUUAUAUUAUUGAUUUUGGAUAAUAUUUUAAAUUAACAAAUUAUUUAAAUAUAAAUAUUAUAUUAUGCCAAUAUUCUUCUUCUUCUUCUUUUUCUUCUUCUCGUCUUCGAUCGCUUAAUCAAUUCACGGUAGUUUGCCAUCCUUACCUUGUCUAGUUUAAUUUCUUUUACUCCGGAUCCAAGUCUAUUUGUUAAUUGUUUCAUGUACUUUUUCCUUGGUUACUUCCGUCUAUUACUCAUCAUUAAAAUUACCAAAAUAAAUGUUUGUACUAAACAUUGUAAAGCUCGUGAAAAGUAUUAUUUUUUUAUUAAUUUUAUUAAUUUGAUAUUUAAUUCUACAUGUUUCGAUAUUCUAAGAAAAAAAAAAAAAAAAUACUUUUUUGUAAAUAUGAUGUAUUGGGUGUUUAAUUCAAUCAUUCGAUUUUAAUCGAAGUAUUAAUAAAGUAAUAUUAUUAUGACUGUAUAACACGAUUUUGUACAUCUCAAUAAUAUUUUACACAAAACCAGUAAUGACCUCUGAAGAUUUUUGUCCUUAAAACACGUAUAGGUACAGCAUUGUAAUUCACAUACAAUAAUACAUAAGUUUUUUCUGCACUAGCACAAACAAUAGACGAGUACCAACUGAUAAUUUAUAUUCAUUUUUACUAUUCACUUGACUCUCAGUAUUAAGUUUCCUAUUUUCCCCAAUUAUUUUUAGACGUACGAGUACUUCCUGAAAUGCGCAUUGUAUAAUAUAAAUAAUAUAAAAUACGAAACGAAAUAAAAUAUACCUGAUGAUAAUGAUGAUGAUGAUGAUGAUGUAUACUCUUUGUGAAAAUUUCUCAAAACUAUGAUAUAAAUUAGUUUUAAUUCAAACAUUUUUUCAAUAAAAUGUGCAAAUAAUUGUUUCGUGAAAACGCGGUUUUAUUUUCGUGUACGUGUGUGUAUAUAGGUUUAAAAAUGUAAUGAACUAAGCGUUUAUUAUUUUUUUCAAACACUUUACCGAAUAUUAUUCACUACAAUGACCACAUUUUUUGGGUGGGCGUAUAGUUGUGAGACAUCUUAUCAUUAGGUAUGUGCAAUUUACAGAAAAGGUGAAGUACAGGGACGUCAGAAACCGUCUACAGUUGUUUUCUGAUUAUUCUGGGCUUGGGCUGUAUUAGUUGGUUAUUUGCGGUUUUACCGAAACUACUUUAUACAGAGUAAAAAACUGUCACGACGACAUUGCAGUUAUCUAUUAUAAUCGUAUUUUCUAUAUUUUAGGUAGCUAUCGUUUUAAUUUUGAGCGUGUUCUUGACGUCAUUCGCCAGCGCCCAAUAUGGAAGUCCCGUCGGCAACAGUAAUCCAGGAUACGGCGGUACGGGCACAAGCGUGCCGUCGGGAGAUUAUGGACACAAAGGCCAAAAUCCCGUUGCACCGCCUACUGCAGGAGGAUCGGAUGGAAACUCAGAAGUGCGUAUACGAUUUUUCACGAACCGUAUAAUUUUUGGAAUAAUAAUCAUUUUAUAUGUUAACGAAAAUUCCGCGAAUAACGUUUCGUUUUGGACAAUAUGCAAGUAUUGGGUACAAAAUAUUGAUGCGGGGGGUAUCCACUAUACGAACAACGGAAUUACUGUUAACAGACAAUUACUGUUUACGCAAUCACCUUAACUAUCCCGUCCUCAACUUUUAUCAUUAUGCGUGACCUAACCGUUGAAUCAUUUAGCCCUCAACAUAGUUCGCAGGCUCGGUUUAUAAUGCGUGCAUCCGAGAUGGAUCCCGGAUCAUAGUGGUUCUGAUAAGUAGAACACUAGUUGGGUCCCAAUAGAUUUUGGGUGUCAUACCAGUAUUGUGUCCCGGCUUUCAGUAGAUUAUAAUUUAUAAGCUAAUUGGAUCCGAACGUUUGAAAUCAAUACGAAAACUUGUAUUGUUUCAUUUUAUACUUUAAAAUGUUUCUUUUUGUAAAAUUAGUUCCUACGUUAUGUUUCUGAACUUUUUUUUUUUUUUUUCUGAUGUAAGUAUAGUUUCGUAAAUCGGUCCAACGUUAUUUUGCAGAAACUAGAGUAAUGAACAAGGCCACAUCAUUUUGAACGCUCUCUAGUUUAUUCAUUCUCAUAAUUUCCGAGUCUUCACACUGUGCAUUAUCAUAAUUACGGGUACAGUAUUAUGAUUUAUGACGAUGCAAUUGUUCCUGCCAGUCCUGUUUACCCAGUAAAAUUACAGAAUAGCGUCGAAAACAACAAACAAAGUCGAAAUAAUUGCAUUUUAUACGCAUUGGCGCAAUUGCAAUUUUUAAUUUUGUAACUCAUUGCGAAUCUCCGUCCUGUUAUCCCGCGAAAAUCAACUAAUGUAACCCAGUCAGAUCAUUUUAGAUAUUAUGUCAAAUUUUAAGGUGUCGGAAGGGGAAGGGGGGUAGGGGCUAUCAGUAGCGCAUUAGUAUGCGGCGUUGUCUUACACAGCCCGGGCCUAUACAAAUACUGCGUGUAAUCUUCGAAAACGCGUGGACCUAGCCCGUGGGCGAUAUUAUAAUUUUUAUUAUUUACAGCCCGAACCGUUCAACUUCGCCUAUCAAGUGAAGGACGCGCCCACCAACACGGACUUCAAACACGAAGCCAACAGCGACGGCAAAACAGUGACCGGCGAGUACAGCGUUCUGUUGCCGGACGGCCGCAACCAAGUGGUGACAUACACGGCCGACGAAAACGGUUUCAACGCCAAGGUCAACUACGAGGGCGAAGCCAAACCGCAACCCAACAACCCGGCCGGUCCGGGGAGUUACGCGCCGGCGUCGUCCAGCUACCCGUCGUCGGCCCCGGGCUUCCCGUCCGCCGCGGCCCCCGGCGGUUAUCCGUCGUCCGCGCCCGGUUACCCGUCUUCGGCGCCCGGUUUCCCUUCCGCGGCCGCCCCGAGUUAUCCCGCCGCGGCCGCCCCGAGUUAUCCCGCCGCGGCACCGGGUUACCCGAGCGCCGGCGGCGUUAAAGGAUCGUACGCCGCGCCCCAGCCCAAGAACGGUGGAUACUAAUACACAAUUGCAGACGCGCCGUCGACAUAAUAUACGCAUUUAUUUAAAUCAUUAAUAUACUAUUUAUAUACAUAUAAUUUACCUUACCUAUACUUUAAAACUAUCUCUAGGCGAUAAUAUUAUACAGGUAUACAAAUAAAUUUGUUUCGAAUCGGAAAUCACAAUAAAUUCGAGUGGCUGUAUUAUAUUAUAGUAUACGAACAUUGUUUGUUUCACUGCCCACUGAACGUGUUUAAAAUCGGCUUAAAUUAUUUUAUAUUUGACUAAUUUGUUAAUAAAUAUUAUAAAUAUAUAUAUAUAUUUGUUUAUAACCACAGUAGGUAUCCCAAUAUUUUCCGAUAAUCUAUUUUCAAUUUUUUAUUUUUUUUUUUUUUUAUGCGAAACUAUCGCUAAAGCCCAAAACACGAUUAUAUCAUUUUGUUCGCCUAUACCAUAUACUAUCUAAACUAUUAGAUAUAUUAUACUACAUUAACACGAAAUAUUUAAUCCAUUUGAUAUAAUAAUAUGAUCUCGAUUAUAGAUUGUAUUAUUCCUAUAUGUUAUAACGCGGGUUUGCGCUAUGUUUCGAAUUUAUUUUAUUCUUUCUUACGAAAAUCAUUUCACAUACUUACAUUAUUAGUUUCGAGUUCCUUAUUACUUAUAAUACAAUAUAAGCCGAUCGAAUUUUAUAUUAUAUACUUGCAGUUACCGACACAAAUUUGUAAAUGUUACCU